AUGCAUACAAUGCCUGGGACAAGACAGAAAGAAGGAACAGCUCAAAAUUCAGAGUCAACAGGGGGGAAUGGUGAUCCGGAAAAACCUACAGAUUCUGGUGAGCAGAUAGACCUUGAAGGGGAUAAUGAUCAAGAUGAGUCAUCUGAGGAAGAGGUAGAGUAUGAAGAAGUGGAGGUGGAGGAAGAAGUGGAAGUGGAAGAAGAGGAGGAGGAGGAGGAGGAAGAAGAGGAAGAAGAAGUAGAGGAAGGUAGUAAGCCUUCAGACGGGGAAGACGAGAUGAGAGUGGAUGAUAGUAUGGAUGAGGUUGAGAAGAAGAGACAUGCUGAACUUCUUGCGCUUCCACCUCAUGGUUCAGAGGUCUACAUUGGGGGAAUUCCUCACGACGUUUCUGAAAAAGAUUUAAGGGUCUUCUGUCUAUCCGUGGGAGAAGUUGUAGAGGUAAGGAUUAUGAAGGGAAAAGAAGCAAAAGGUUAUGCUUUUGUGACCUUCAAGACAAAGGAAUUGGCAUCAAAGGCUAUCGAGGAGUUGAACAACACUGAAUUCAAGGGAAACAAAAUAAAGUGCUCAACGUCUCAAGUUAAGCAUAGGUUAUUCAUUGGAAAUGUUCCUAAAGAAUGGACUGUUGAAGAUAUGAAGAAGGUUGUUGCCAAGGUUGGCCCUGGCGUCAUUUCUGUGGAACUGUUGAAGGAUCCACAGAGUUCUGGCCGUAAUCGGGGAUUUGCUUUUAUUGAGUAUCACAAUCAUGCUUGUGCAGAAUAUUCAAGGCAGAAAAUGGCAAACUCCAAAUUUAAACUUGACACUAAUGCUCCAACAGUGAGCUGGGCUGACCCAAGGAAUUCUGAUUCAUCAGCAUCCUCUCAGGUGAAAGCAGUAUAUGUAAAGAACCUUCCAGAAAACAUAACGCAGGAUCGCCUGAAGGAGUUGUUUGAACAUCAUGGUAAGAUCACAAAAGUGGCUCUCCCUCCUGCUAAAGCUGGACAAGAGAAGAGCAGAUAUGGUUUUGUGCACUUUGCUGAUAGAUCAUGUGCAAUGAAGGCAUUGAAGAACACGGAGAAGUAUGAGAUUGAUGGCCAAACUUUAGAAUGCUCACUCGCUAAGCCACAGGCAGAUCAGAAAUCAUCUGGUAUAUCAAAUUCACACAAGUCACCUAUACUUCCUACUUAUCCACCCCCUCUUGGUUAUAGCAUGGUUGGAGGUGGAUAUGGGGCUGUUGGUGCAGGAUAUGGUGCCGCUGGCUUUGCACAGCCACUGAUGUAUGGUCCGGGAGCAACCCCUGCUGGCAUGGCAAUGAUGCCAAUACUUCUACCCGAUGGAAGGAUUGCAUAUGUCUUGCAACAGCCAGGUUUGCAACAGCCAGGUUUGCAACAGCAUGCUCCUUCACCAGUAACUCGACAUGGCAGGAGUGGUGGUGGUAGCUCAAGUGGUGAAAAACGUAAUACCGAUAAUAACCGUAAUCGUGGUCCUGGCCGAUAUAAUCCAUACUAA